UUUCCCUGAAAAGUUUUUUUUUUAAAGAAAAUUUCCUGAAUGAACUUAUAAUUAAUGUUUGUUAUGCUUCGUUAAUUAAAUAACCGAUCCAUCACGAAUGACAUCACAAAUUGGAAAAAUGUAGAAAACGUUGCCGACGUGAUAAAGAAGAAGAAGCGAACCACUUAUUUACCGAAAAACCUUCGUUUUCGAUCCGCCAUGACUUAUAACCUUAGGCCAUCACCAACGGUUGAGGUAAACAUAAAUUUGGUAGCAUUUGUCCUUGUUCCGUUAACUAUUUAUUUGCAAAAGGACCCCUUAGAUCACAUAGGCAGAUCAAAAGCUACCAUGGAUCGAAAGAAACUAUCACUUCAACCCAAUUGUGUCUUCAUGAUACUCAAACUAAUCAUCAAGUUAUUCGGAACCAAGGUAGCUGCCAAAAUAACGAGUAGAAUUUUCUACAGUACUACGGUAGCCGUGUCUAAUGUGAUGGGCCCACAAAAAGACAUCGUUUUAUAUGGCCAUCCUUUGUCUUACAUUGCUCCCACUGUUUCUGGAUUUCCUCAAGCAUUGAUCAUCCUUUACAAAAGUUAUGCCAAAAAGCUAAUUAUUACGAAGAAUUGGUUCCAAAUCCACAUCAGCUUUGUGAUGAACUGCAGAAUUCUCUUUUAAAUUUGAAGGAAA